GAUAAGACGGAACGUAUAUUCUGAGGUUGUACCACAGACAUAUAUGAAUAUUCAACUAUUCUGUGGUUAUACACUUGUACGGCACGUAUAUUAUAUGAAUUAUUAUUUAAAUGUUAUCAACUGAAGCGUUCUGUAAUCAUUUUAAACCAAAACAACCAUUCCGUAGAAAACCACUCUUGCGUUUCCGCUGUUCCAUUUGAAUUUAAUUCGUAUACAACUAUAAAAAUAUCCGAGUUCGAUCAUUUCGCAUAGGACUUUUGUUCAAGUAUGUGAUUAGUCCACUGAAAGUUAUAUUAUUUUCCUAUUAAGAUAAAUAUUUUAUUUAAAACGGAAUACUAAGCAAUAAUGUCAUUUAAUCGAGUUGAGGAUGAAUCUUUUAACACUAAUUUUGAUAUUGGUUCUUUACCAAAACAUUAUGAAUACAAUCCAUUUGUAUCUGAUGAAGAUGCCGAAUCAGAAAAAGAGGAUUUACCACGUCUUGUGCUUAUGGGAUUACGAGGGAGUGGAAAAACUUCUAUACAAAAAGUAGUAUUUCAAAAAAUGUCUCCUAAUGAGACUUUAUUUAUUGGCAGUAACAAUUCAAUGUUAAAAGAUGUUGUAAAUAAUUCAGCAUUUGUCAAUUUCCAAAUUUGUGACUUUCCUGGUCAUUUUGAUUUUACCGAUCCUGAAUAUGAAGCAGAAUCUAUUUUUCAAGGAUGUGAAUCACUUAUAUUUGUGAUUGAUGCUCAAGAUGCUAUAGCUAGUGCGUUGAACCGUUUACAUUCAGUUGUAACAAAAGCUUACAAAGUAAAUAAUAAUAUAAAAUUUGAAGUUUUUAUUCAUAAAGUUGAUGGUCUCACAGAAGAUACCAAAAUGGAGACUCAACGAGAAAUCCACCAAAGAGCUAAUGAUGAUCUUAUAGAUUCUGGAGACGAACAAAAAAUAUAUAUUAGUUUCCAUUUGACGUCAAUAUAUGAUCAUAGCAUAUUUGAAGCAUUUAGUCGAGUUGUACAAAAAAUGAUUCCUCAGUAUGCAACUCUUGAAAAUUUUCUCAAUAUUAUUAUUUCAACUUCUGGAAUUGAAAAAGCUUUUUUAUUUGAUGUUAAAACUAAAAUAUAUGUUGCAACUGAUUCAUCGCCAGUUGACAUGCAAAGUUAUGAACUUUGCUGUGAUAUGAUUGAUGUUGUGAUAGAUUUAUCAAAUAUUUAUGGUUUAGGAGAAGACCCAGGACUUAUGAACGAUCCAGCUUUUGAUGACCAAAGUUCAAGUCUUAUUAAACUCAAUAAUGGUACAAUUUUAUAUUUAAGAGAAGUGUGCAGUUUUUUAGCGCUUGUAUGUAUAUUACGAGAGGAUAAUUUUGAAAAACAAAGAAUUAUAGAUUAUAAUUUCAUGAUCUUACGAAAAGGUAUCCACAGACUAUUUGAAUUGAAAGAAAAAGAAAAAGAGAGUUUUCAGUUUAAUAAGUUACUAUCACUUAAAUAAUGGAUAAUUUUAUAUUUUAAUAUCAAGUCUUAAGACAAGACAUU